AUAAAGAGAUGGGCAUGGAAGCAUGUUACUCAUCACCAAUUUCCCUUUUCAUUUCAAAGUUAAAUAAGCUUAAAGAAGAAUGAAAGGCUUUUGGAACAUAACGAGUACCUUUUCUCUUACUCUUUCUAUACUUUUCCUAUUCGGCUACAGUUAUGAGGACGUGUCUGCGGUUCCAACUAGGCACUUGUGUCGUCCGGAACAAAGGGAUGCACUUCUCCAAUUCAAGACCGAGUUUGAGGUUCUAAACUCUUCCUUUUCUUCUUAUGAUUGUUAUAUCAAUGAAACUAUAGUAAAGCCCCUUCGGAAGACAAAGUCAUGGAUGAAUAACAGCGACUGCUGUAAUUGGGAGGGUAUAACGUGCAACCCCAAUUCCGGUGAAGUGAUUGGGAUAGACCUUAGUUGCAGCUACCUACGUGGCAGGUUUCAUUCUAGUAGCAGUCUUCAAAACCUUCAUUCUCUAACCACUCUAGUCCUUUCAAAUAAUGAAUUUAGUGGUCCAAUCAUGUCUUUAAUUGGAAACCUUUCUCAUCUCACCUCUCUGGACCUUACGCGAAAUUAUUUCAGCGAGUUCAUUCCUUCUUCGAUAGUAGACCUUUCUCAUCUCUCCUUUCUCGAUCUUUCAUUUAAUAGCUUUUUGGGUCAGAUUCCAUCUUCGAUUGGAAAUCUUUCUCAUCUCACCAAUCUUGACCUUUUUGAGAACUAUAUUGUUGGAGAAAUCCCAUCUUCUUUUGGCAAUCUAAACCAUCUGACCAGCUUAAAUGUUGCUGCAAAUAGGCUCAGUGGAAGCUUUCCCAUUGCACUACUGAAUUUGACAAAUUUGUCAUCAUUGCUACUCUAUUACAAUCAGUUCACAGGAACAAUUCUUCCUAACAUCACUUCGCUAUCCAAAUUGACGACCUUUGAUGCAACCGACAACGCCUUCACUGGGACCCUGCCUUCUUCUAUCUUCACCAUUCCUUCUAUGGAACGUGUUGAUUUGUCUGAUAACCAACUCAACGGUAUUCUUGAGCUUGGGAAUAUAUCUUCACCACCUAAGCUACGAGAGUUAGACGUUAACAAUAACAACUUGAGAGGGCCAAUCCCAGUCACGAUAUCAAAAUUUACCAACCUUGUCCGACUUCGCCUUUCCCACUACAAUACACAAGGUCCGAUUGAUUUUAGUAUCUUCUCGCAUCUCAAGAGGCUGGAAGAUCUUGACCUAUCCUAUUUGAACACGACCUCUACGAUUGACUUGAAUGAUAUCUUGUCAUAUUUUAAGAGGCUCUCUGUGUUGGAUCUCUCAGGCAACCUUGUUUCAUUCACAAACAAGAGUCCAGUUUCAGAUCCAUCUUUGUUUUCUGAGUUGGAAUUGUCAGGCUGCGGUAUCACCGAGUUUCCAGAGUUUGUAAGAAACCAAAAUAUGUCAUUUCUAGACAUUUCCAAUAAUAAAAUCAAAGGACAAGUGCCUGGCUGGUUAUGUACACUACCAAAUCUGUAUUACCUGAAUCUUUCCAACAACACUUUCACUGGCUUCCAAAACUCAACUACAGUUUCAACUACAGUUUUAGUUUCAAGGCUAUCUAGCCUAACCGUGCUUGCCUCAGACAACAAUUUCAGUGGAAAGAUUCCCUCUUUCAUAUGUGAUUUGCGCUAUGUAUACAUUCUUGAUUUAUCGAACAACAACUUCAGUGGUUUAAUCCCUCGCUGUCUGGGAAAUCUCAAGCGUUCUCUUUUAUAUCUAAACCUUCGUCAGAAUCGUCUUCAUGGAGGUCUUCCGGAGAAUAUAUUUGAAAGCUUAAUAACGCUUGACGUCGGUCAUAACCAACUGACUGGAAAGCUUCCAAGAACUUUGAUUCAUUCCCCUUAUCUUGAAGUUCUGAACGUGGAAAGCAACUUUAUCAAUGAUACGUUUCCGUUGUGGUUGAGUUCUCUACCACAACUAAAAAUUCUUGUGUUACGCUCCAAUGCUUUCCAUGGACCGGUACAUCAAACUUCGUUCCCUGAGUUGCAAAUCAUCGACAUAUCGCACAACCACUUCAAUGGAGCUUUGCCAUCAGACUACUUUGUGAAGUGGAGUGCUAUGUCAUCACUUGGGUCAAUUUAUUAUCAGCCGGAUGAAAUGUACAUGGGAGAUUCAUAUUACCAUGAUUCAAUGGUGUUGAUGAAUAAAGGUAUAGAGAUGGAGCUAGUACGUAUCCUAAAGAUCUACACAGCACUCGACUUUUCAGGAAACAAAUUUGAAGGAGAGAUCCCAAGCUCCAUCGGUCUAUUAAAAGAGCUUCAUGUGCUCAACUUGUCUAACAAUGCUUUCUCUGGCCACAUCCCUUCAUCUAUGGGAAACCUGACGGCUCUUGAGUCACUAGACGUUUCCCAAAACCAGCUUUCAGGAGAAAUUCCACUAGAGCUAGGGGAACUCUCAUUCCUUUCCUACAUGAACUUCUCUCAUAACAAGCUUACAGGUCUAGUACCAGGAGGCACUCAGUUUCGAAGGUUGAACUGCACUUCCUUUGAGGACAACAAGGGACUUUUUGGCCCUUCUCUUGAAGAAAUUUGCAGAAAUAUUCACAUGUCAACACCGCAUGAACCGUCGGAAGCAGAGGAAGAAGAAGAAGAAGAGGAAGAGGUGUUGAGUUGGAUAGCAGCUGUCAUAGGAGUCAUACCUGGUAUUGCCUUUGGAUGGGUGAUUGGAUACAUACUUUUUUCCUACAAACCAGAGUGGUUCUUCAUCAACCCUUUUGUCCGAAACAAACGCAGACGUGGCAGCACCACUACUCAUUAAAAAGGUCUUUUAUAUCCUACCCGAGGAAUCUGAAAGAAGAAAUCCAAAGCAAUCACUAUGUCUGUCCGUAUCAAAUAAGAUUUGGGGUAUCGUUUCUGGUUUAGCUGGGUGUUUUUCUCAUUACUCUGUUUUUACUUUUUUUUUUUUUUUAGCAAACUUCUUUGUUUCUCUGGUAUUGUUUUCGGUUUAGCUUGGUGUGUAUUUUCUCGACAUCUCUGUUUUUUUUCACUUUUUUAGCAAACUUCUUUGUUUCUCUGUAAUUGAACAACUAUGUUUCUUACGCUAAAUAUUAAUAAAAAAUUGUGUAUCUUUUCUGCA